AUGAUGGACAGCCAGGACGGAACUAAAUUCUGUUACCCUGAGCUUGUGAAUUUGUCUUGCAGUGGUUUAAUGCGUCCUCACUCUGAGGCUGUACUCCUCUACAUGCUGUUCUUCUCCAUCUCUGCGCUAACUGUAAUUUUAAAUGUGCUGGUUAUCAUAUCCAUCUCUCAUUUCAGGCAGCUCCACAAGCCCACCAAUGUGCUCCUGCUCUCCCUGGCCAUCUCAGACCUCCUGGUUGGGCUGCUGGUGAUGCCGGUGGAAACUGUACGGUUUAUAGAAACCUGCUGGCUGCUUGGUGAUCUCAUGUGUGCUCUGUCUUACAUUAUCGGCUUCACUCUCACCUCAGCCUCUGUGGGAAACAUGGUGCUCAUAUCAAUUGAUCGCUAUGUAGCUAUUUGUUAUCCUCUGCAGUAUCCCACCAAAAUCACUUUCAGCAGAGCUGAGCUGUCUGUGAGUCUGUGCUGGGCCUGUUCGCUCCUCUACAAUGGGCUGAUCUUAAAGGAGCAUCUUAGGCAGCCAGACAGAUUUAACUCCUGUCAUGGUCAGUGUUUGGUGGUGAUUAACUAUGUCUCUGGAACCGUUGACCUUGUGUUUACUUUUAUCGGUCCUUGCUCGAUGAUUAUUAUUCUGUACAUGAGAGUGUUUGUUGUGGCUGUGUCUCAGGCUCGUGCCAUGCAGUGUCAUAUUACAGCUGCUGCAGGUGGUACAGUAAAAAUCACUGCAAAGAAAUCUGAGAGAAAGGCAGCCAGGACUCUUGGUGUUGUGAUAUUAGUGUUUUUGAUGAGUUUCUGUCCAUAUUACUAUCCCUCUCUUGCAGGACAUGACAUUUCAAACAGUGCUUCAUCUUGGGCUAUUGUUUCCUGGCUGCUGUAUUUCAAUUCUUGUUUGAACCCACUGAUAUAUGCUUUUUUCUACCCAUGGUUUAGAAAAGCUAUGUGGUUCGUUGUCACCCUGAAGAUACUAGAGAAGGACUCCUCUGAAGCAAAUAUACUUUAA